AUGGCUGGGGCUGCCAAACCCCAACUGUGUGGGCCUGUCCUGUGCUGCUCCUGUGACUUCUAUGGACACACCGUGAUCAGGGCCCUUCUGCUGUCUGCAUUGGUGGCUGGAGCUCUGGGCUGUGGGCUCCGCACUUACCUGCCCCAACUGCCCAGGGCGGUUGGAGGAGCAGACGUGAGGCCCAACAGCUGGCCCUGGCAAGUCUCCCUGCAGUACAGCAACCAUGGCCAGUGGCGCCACUCCUGCCAAGGGUCCCUGGUGGCCAACAACUGGGUCCUGACAGCUGCCCACUGCAUCAGGGAACGGCUCUCCUCCAGGACAGACCGCGUGGUGCUGGGCUGGCACAGCCUCUCCACCGAGGAGUUAGGCUCGCUGGCCGUCGCUGUCUCCAAGCUCGUGGUUCACGGGGAAUGGAACUCCAGCCAAGUCUCCAAAGGGAACGACAUUGCUCUGCUCAAACUGGCCAACCACACCAUAAGCGACAAGAUCCAGCUGGGCGGCCGUGGCAGCAUUCCACCCAACAACUACUUCUGCUACGUCAUGGGCUAGGGAAGGCUGCAGAGGACUCCGGCCCCUUUUCCUCUCUCCCUGACCCCAUGCACAUUUCUCCCUGCACAGUUCCUCCUGAUUUUCCGCAAGGCAGCGGCUGGGGAGCUGCAGGAGGACAGUGGGCUGCACGUGCUGGCCCGCCUCUCCGAGAUCGAUGUCUCCACCAAGGGCGUCAAGGGGGCCAAGAGCUUCUUUGAGGCCAAGGUCCAGGCCAUCAGUGAGUCCAGCCGCUUUGAGGAGGAGAUCAAGGCGGAGCAGGAGGAGAGGAAGAAGCAGGCGGAGGAGAUGAAGCAGCGGAAAGCAGCCUUCAAGGAGCUGCAGGCCACCUGCCCUUAAC